AUGGAGGACUUCGAUCUCAUCGAUGAGAUCUUCAGUGACUUCGAUGCCAUCGUUGAGUUCUACGGCAUGUUCAAGUAUCAUCACAUCCAGGACUCGUAUGUAAUUGCUUGCCCGAGGUCCGCGUGUCCGUUCCGCGAUCCCUCCCACGCCAAGUCGUACCAGGAGCUGUCAGUGAUCCGCAUGAUCCAGCUCGCGCACUCCUUGCUGGAGAGGGCAAGGAUGCACCGAUCAACAAGUGGGAAGCAGCUGUGGGCCAAGAUCGGGCUGAGCAUCGGACCUGCGACCGGGGCAGUGAUCUCCUGCCACCGGAGGUUCUAUUGUUUGUUCGGAGACGUGGUGAACACGAGCGCUAGGAUGUGCGCUUACUCGGAGCCCGGAAGGAUUCAUUGCACCGCCCAGGUUGCGAACAUCCUGAGGGGCACAAGCCAUGGGACGAUCAAGGUCGAGUCACGAGGAGAGAUGGCGAUCAAGGGGAAGGGGGUGAUGGAGACGUUCUUCCUC